AUGGCACAGAAACAGGGAGGAUCCGAGCAGGGCCGUAUUAAAGCAGACGACAGUUUAGGGGCCAAGGCAAUGGUCGGGAGUACAGCAGGUGGAGGCGUGGUGGUGGAGGUCAGAGAGAAGAAGGGACCUCUGCGGGCUGCAAUACCCACAAUGCCUUUCCCUUUGGCUGUCAUCUGUCUCUUCUUGAACACUUUCAUACCUGGACUUGGUACUUUCAUCUCAGCCUUCACAGUGCUGUGCGGAGCUCGCUGCGAGCUGAUCUCACAGAGAGGCGUCUGCUGCGUGUUCUGGCUCAACGUUGCAGCAGCCCUCAUCCAGAUACUGACGGCUGUCAUCAUGGUGGGAUGGAUCAUGAGCAUCUUCUGGGGAAUGGACAUGGUCAUCCUGGCAAGUCAGUAA